GACCGGCCGGCCAGUCUUAAGACUGGGCAAUUCUGUGUCUUAAGAUCGGUCGGUGUCCUAAGAUUGGGCAGAACAGAGCUACGCGUUGUAAACUAAAGGUAUAUAAAGGAAAAAUGUCCGCAAUCUCAAGGGAAAAGAUUUUAUCCUCUGCACAGUCUCUUGUUGAAUUUGUCAACCGUUGUCCUUCCCCGUAUCAUGUAGUUCACACCUGCAGAAAAAUGCUGAAAGAUGCAGGCUUUGUUGAGCUGUCAGAGAAAUCAAGCUGGGAUUUAAAUCGAGGAAAGAAAUAUUUUUGCACAAAAAAUCAAUCAAUGUUAGUAGCUUUUGCAGUAGGCGAGAAGUAUGAAGCUGGAAAUGGAUUUUCAAUUAUUGGUGCACACACAGACAGCCCUUGUUUGAAGGUGAAGCCAGUAUCAAAGAAGGAGAGUUGUAAAUUUCUGCAAGUUGGUGUGCAGUGUUAUGGUGGUGGUAUUUGGAAUACCUGGUUUGAUCGCGAUUUAACUGUUGCUGGACGUGCUAUAGUGAAGUGUGGUGACAAAUAUGAGCACCGUCUAGUUAAUGUAUCAAAACCAAUACUACGCAUACCACAUCUGUGUAUUCAUCUUCAGCGUGAAAUGAAUGACAAGUUUGUAUUCAAUAAAGAAACUCAUUUGCUACCUAUACUUGCAACUGAAGAAUUUAAUCAGCCAGCCAACGAAUCAGAUAGCAAGAAGAAAGAAUCCCCUGAAGAGGAAGACAAACAUCAUUCUGCAUUGAUUGAUUUGCUCUGCAACGAAUUAUGUUGCAAGCCUGGAGAUCUGUUGGAUUUUGAACUCGCACUAGCUGAUACACAACCUGCUACCGUUGGAGGUGCUCAUGAUGAAUUCAUUUUCGCACCACGCCUUGAUAACUUAUUCAAUACGUACUGUGCGUUGCAAGCUUUGAUUAACUGCACCCAUGCUGAUGGACUUAGCAACGAGAAGAACGUUAGAUUUGUAUCCUUAUUCGACAAUGAAGAAGUUGGAUCAGAAAGCGCUCAAGGAGCAUGUUCUUUACUUACUGAAUCAAUAAUCAGACGAAUUUGUCAAAAUUUUGAAAGUAAUUUUGAGCAGGUUAUUGCUAACUCAUAUUUACUAAGUGCUGAUCAAGCUCAUGCCGUGCAUCCAAAUUAUGCAGAAAAACAUGAAAAUAGUCAUAAACCAAGAUUCCAUGGUGGUCCUGUACUAAAGUUCAAUGCAAACCAACGUUACGCAACUACUGCAGUCACUGCAAGCAUUAUGCGUAUCAUUGCUGCGGAUUGUGGCGUACCCCUGCAAGACGUUGUUGUGCGAAACGAUUCUGCGUGUGGAUCAACCAUAGGACCAAUCCUAUCUGCCAGGUUAGGAAUACGCACAGCUGACAUUGGUGGACCACAGUUGAGCAUGCAUUCAAUUCGUGAAACUUGUUGUACAUCCAGUGUGGAACAAUCCAUCGUGUUGUUUGGAGCAUUUUUUCAAAAAUUUCCGCUCGUCGACGCUUCCAUAAUGAACGCUUAGACCACUGUAGUUUUUAUACGAAACUUUCCAGAGAUUAUUAUAAAGAAAUAUAAAUGUUAAGAAUAA